UUGGGCCCUCGGCUCGCUGGGCAUGGCGACCCCGGAACCCUGGGCAUCCCUGGACGCCCCGGCCCGCCUCGUGCUGCGGGCGCUGCAGGCCGGGCCCGAGGGCGCGCGGCGCGGCCUGGGGGCGCUGCGCGCGCUGGCCAGUCGCGGCCCGGAGCCCUUCGCCUGGGGCUCGUUCCUGCAGGCGCUGGGCCGCGACGUGCCUGUGGUCUCGGGGCCCGACUGCCGCCUGGAGCUGAAGCCCUUGUUGCUGCAAUUGCCUGUUUUCUGCCAGAGGAACCUGAUGUCCUUGCUGAUGGCUGUUAGGCCGUUACUGCCUGAAAGUGAGCUCCGCUCUCUGCUACAGCUUGCCCAGCAGAACUCGUCCUUCACCCCAGAUGCUUGGGUCCAUGCCCUUGGGGAGUUCUUAAGACGAGAUUUGGAGGCCGGAGUCUCUGUGGAAGGGGCCUCUCCACUGUCCACAAGGUGCCAGAGACAGCUCCGAGGCCUUUGUGGGCGGCUGGGCCAGGGAGGCAGGAGGCUGAAGUUGCCUCUGGCCCCAGACUCUGAACGGGAGGAGGGCUGGAACUCCCAGCUUCGUGAGAAACGCAGAAAGGAGCCAGAGGAAGAGGAGCCUGCCAGUCCUGAGGGGGAGAGAGCCCCCAAAAGGUUCCGGGGUGAUCAGCCAGAAGAGGAAGAAGAAAAGGAGCAUGAGGAGAGACCCACGCAAGAGUUGUUGGAAUCCCCAUCCGAGGAAGGAGGCCCAUCCUCCUCUCUCCAGGAGCAGCCUGUCGUGGAGGCAAAGACCCCCCAGGCUGGCCCAACUGAGGAGGCCAAGGGCUCGGCUGAGAGCGUGGAGUUGCCCAGAGCUGUCCAGGGCCAGGUGCCUCGGCUACAGCGGUUGCUGAAGACCUUCGAGGAGGGGCCAGAGGGGUUGGAGGACAUGGCCCCGGGGGAGCUGCAACCUCUCCAGGAAUGUAGUCCUGUUCAGAUGGAGCUGCUGUGCUCACAGCUGCAGCUCCCCCAGAUCCCGGACUCCGUCCUCCUGCAGUUUUGUAGCUGUCUGCUGAGCCUCUCGCCAGCCCUCAGCAUCAGCAAUGCCACCGUGCUGGCCAGGAGCCUCUUCCUUGGACGGAUCCUCUCCCUGACGACCUCGGCCUCCCGGCUGCUCAGAACUGCUUUUAUCUCCUUCUGUGCCAAGUACACCUACCCCUUCUGUAGAGCGCUGCUCGGGCCCCUGCUCCAGGCCCCAGGCGUAGGUUCAGCCCAGACAGAGUUACUUUGCUCCCUUAUGAAGGACGAGUCUCUGGAGCCCGACACGCAGGUCCUGCUGCUGGAGCAGGUCCUGGAGCUGGCCUGGAAGGAAGAGACAUUCCUGGUGUUACAGGCACUGCUGGAGCGGCAGGUGGAGAUGAGCCCUGCGACGUUUGGUGUCUUGAUGGAGAAGCUCUGUGAGGAGGGGCUGGCAGCCUCAGCCUCUGUGGCCUAUGCCAAGCUCAUGAUGACAGUGAUGACCAAAUACCAGGCCAGCAUCACAGAGCCCCAGAGGCUGCACCUGGCCUUGGUCCUAGAGCCCAACACCACCUUCCUAAGGAAGUCCCUGCAGUCUGCGCUAAGACUUUUGUCUCGCUGACCCUCCAUCCAGGGACCAGUACUCUUCUUAUCGUCUGCCGGACACUUCUGCCCUCACUGCCAUGUUAAGGUUACAGGCUGAGCCUGACCACCCUAGGGAGCAGUACUACUGCCCAUACCAUAGGCUGCGCAGCAGCCAUCUUGGCCCCACCAGCAGGGAGGGAGUAGGUAGUGCCAGGCUGGAUGCCGGCUGACUCCUGACCACCGCUCAGGCUGCAGGUCCUGGGUGAGAGACAGGCGACGCUAUAGAGACCUCAGGUACCUGUGUGCCCAGCACGAGUCUUCUGUGCUCCACUGCAGGGUGGGAUCUUCUAUUUUUCUGAAUUGAGUAAUCUCAUAAUAGUUAAUAAUAAACAGCAGGAAGUUCA